AUGGAUCACAUGGAUGGUGAUCACAUAGUAGAUGUUCCUGACACUCCCGAUAGAUUAGCCAAUAAUAAAGUUAAUGAGAGGAGUAGUGUUAGGGAGGAAAAAAAGGAUCUUUCCAUGUCUUGUCAUUCAGGAAAGCAGGAAUUUUUUAAUGAAGGGACUAAAAAUCAGCCAAUGUUAAUCGAUAGUAGGACCAAAAAGUUAUCCAUCCGUCCUCCGAAUGGUAAUAGAAGUUCCAGAGAUGCUCUACGUCGCAGUAGUUCUCCUGCUUUUAUCGGAGGCAGUACAUCCUCCUCCAGAAGUACUCCUAUAUUUCGGAAAGGGUUGGCUGACAAGAACCCUAGUGAUGAAAGCCAUGAUUCUAUUCAUAUUCGGCAUGUACAGAAUGAAAGACCUUCAUGUUCUUCAAAAUCAACAUCUUCUCAAGAUGGUUGUUUUGUUGAUCCGACACAAAGGAAAGUGCCCAGUACUCUACUUGGAAAAGCUUCCUCAGGUGGGGCACCUAGGAGCAAUCAAGUUGAUGAUUUUAGAAUAAGACCAGGCUUAGCAAAUGUGCCUUCUUCAAAUAACAUGGCAAAAUUUUCAAUGAUGUCACAAGAAGCCAGUGAAAGAACGGAAAAUAUGAAUAAAGUUGGUUCAAGUAUUGAUGAUGGAGAAAGGGUUGAAUUUGUUAGUAAUAUUCAGAACAAACCUGGACAAUAUGGUUUUCCAGUUCUUGAUCCCAAUUCCUCGCCUAGAAUCAAUAGGCAAAAGAGAUUGGUUCGAAAUGGAUGUAUAUCUCCACAUAACAUAGCUAAGGCCAAACAGUUGGCUAGAAAGGAUGAUAAUGGUUUUGUGGCUGUUGCACAUGCUCAUACUACAUCUAUGGCAUCUACUGGCCCACCGGUUUGGAAUGAUAUAAAGGAAUUGGUUGCUGAAGACCAUAAUUCUUAUAAAGGAAAGGGAAAGGGAGUGAUGAAUUAUCCAGAAAAAGAGCUUGAUAACAAAAACAAGCAUUUAUUGAGCAGGAAUUCUCUGAGUAUCAAUGAGAAGGAUAUGGAAACCCCUGACAACAUCAGUGGUGCAUCCAAAAGCAUUGAAAAAUCAAGUGGAUGGAGAAGUACACAUAAUCGGACUAGAAAGAUGAGUUUACGUUCAUCUGAUGAGGAAAGGUUUCCAUCUAGAGAAAUAGAUGUGUCACAAUGUGUUCGGAAACACCAUGAGAAUAGGGUGUCAAGGAAGGAAAAAGGAAGCAGCGUUGCGAUUGAUGGUGACUAUCAUAGGCAUCCUGAUUUAGUCUCUUCUCAGCUUGUUCCUGCUCAACCUGUUGGAGAAACAGUAUCACAUCCUAGGCCUCGAUUGGCCCAAUGCAACGGGCAUCAUUCUGCAGCCAACACACUAAUGAAAAGGCGAAAGCAAGGACCUAUCUCAAUUAGUUCUGUUGAAGGUUCAACAUCAACCAAUGAUGACUCAGAAAUUGUGUUUCUUAACUCGUCUGGGGAAUCAUCAAAUCCAAGAUCAACCUCCAGUGGUACAAGCCGUUUGCAACCAAUAAUUGAAAUCGAUGAUUCUCCUGAACUGAAACGUGAGUCAUACGGCGAAGAUGCUAGGGCGAGACAGCUUGAAGCAGAUGAAAUGUUGGCUCGGGAACUUCAAGAACAAUUUUACAAUGAAAUGCCUGUUCUUGGAGUUGGCGAGGUUGAUGAGCAUAUAGCAUUGGCUUUGCAGCAGGAGGAAUCAGGUCGUACUGUUUCUCGAGGCAGUAACCAGGCAUUGGAUCCUAGAGAUUCAUUGAUAGCCAACUUACGUAGACAAUCAUAUUCUCGAUCUUCACUGAACUUUUCACGUAGAGGAUCUCAAGUUCGAGCUUCCACGUCUGGUAGAACGACAAGGUUGAGGGGUCGUUUUCCUGGACAACCUCGUACCCUAUCAUCACAAUCGAGAGGAAGAAAUUCCCUGUUUCCUGCAAGCAUGGAUGUCGACAUGAGGAUGCAUAUACUGGAAACAUUGGAGGCCUUCAGCGACAUGGGAGUGGAUAGGAGUGCCCUUCAAAUACAGCGUGAUUUCAACGAGACCGACUAUGAAAUGUUAUUGGCUCUUGAUGAUAACAAUGAUCAGCAUGGCGGUGCAUCUACACACCUGAUUAAUGGCCUCCCACAAUCAACAGUGCAGAAUGCUAACUUUGAAGAAGCUUGUGCAAUUUGUCUUGAAACUCCAACCAUAGGAGAUACUAUUCGCCACCUCCCCUGUUUACACAAAUUUCACAAAGAUUGUAUUGAUCCAUGGUUGAGGAGAAGGACAUCUUGCCCCGUUUGCAAGUCGUCUAUUACUUGA